GGUUGCAACACUCUCAGUCAGACUCUAGUCGCUUUGCCGCUUGGAGCAGGCGUGUCGCGCCGGCAAACGGAGAGGGCGAGAGAGGCAAGUCACCCCGACAUGUGGAGUGAGUGUGUGUAGUGACAUAACAGUGCAGUUGCAGUCCAAACAAUAAUAGCGUGGAAGUGCUUAGCAAUGGAUACCAAAAGCUCGAUCUGUUCACACGAGUGGCACAUCCCGCGGCCGUCGUUGUCCGGCAGCAGCGACUCGCGCUCGCGCGGCGGCUCCGCCUCCAGUCAAGGCUCUUCCAGCAACCACAGCACCCACAGCGUGUCAUCGGGUUCGCUACUGCUAAGCGCUGCGCACCUCGCGCGCAUACACGGAAGGACUACGGAGCAGCCCCAUCCCACCAGAUUGGGCAAUAGCCGCAUAUCUAACUACGAGACUGCCGUGGUCACAAUUCCCGAAGAAACGAAAGACCCAGACUUACAAAGUAAUUACUGGAAGGACGUGAAGCGAGCGCCAGAGGCGGACACGGCGUCUAUAGCUAGCUCAACCCAUUUUACCGUCGUGAAUGGGUUCACGAAGCACCGAACUACAAAGGAACCAAAGUCCUGCUGCUGCAGCCAUUCGCACCAGAUCUCUGUCCUCGUCAUAUCGAUGACGAUCCUGUUCUCUGCGUGCAUUCUCGCGGCUAUAUGUUUUGUUGAAAUGAGAAUGCGGAAGGAGACCGGCAUGUACAAGUAUUCUUAGAAGAAAUUUUAGCCAUAAGAUCUUCGGUUAAUUAUACUGUCUUGCAACGUGAACUUUAUCUCCUACGGAGCAAAGGUGUUUUUGCAUGAAAACAAUUGAGGAAGAGUCAGUAGCGGAUCUGCAGCGCGUCAUAGUAUUAUAAAUGUAAUCUAUAGGUACUUAAUAAUAAAGUCACUAUUGCAGUCUAUGUAAUGUCAAAUGGAACAUAGGGCCGCAGUGGAAUAAAUUAGCCACGUCAUAAUAGUCUAUCCAAGCCAAUUCUAAAAUAAAGACGAAUACUCAAGAUUUAGGUGUUCAAUAUUCUCCGUGUUUUUUUUUUGUCUUUUUUCCCAUGUUAAUAGGGAUUAAAUGGUUAUAAUUAUUUUCAUUUAGUAACUACCACAGUGGCCCAGAUUCAAUUUAUUCAUCGUAUGAGUAUACAUAUAUUAUCUUGUAUGGUUAUGUGUAUGUUGCACCUUGUAAAUGGUGUAUUAAUAUAAUUAAAAACGAAUAACGGGGAACUGAACUUUAGACCCACGUGAUAUAAAAAAAGAUUUCGUUGCACACGUUUUUUUUAGUUUAAGUGGGUAUUUAGCUCAGUUUCCAGUUAAAUCAAGGCUUUUAACCAGUGAACAUAGAUGAACUUGUAAAUUAGAAUAUCAAUUCAAUAUAUGAGAGUCAGACCAAGCUAUGUUGGCAACGAUUUAGCCCAGCCGGUGCGAGUGUUAAGUAAACGUCAUAAUUUCAGUGAAAUUUGACGUUUAAAAUAACACUUGCACUGGCUGGGCUAUCAAAAUCGCUGCCAACUUAGCUUGGUCUGACGUUUCUUGCAUUCAUACUUAUUUUCUUCUUAUGACGACCGGUCUGGCCUAGUGGGUAGUGACCCUGCCUAUGAAGCCGAUGGUCCCGGGUUCAAAUCCUGGUAAGGGCAUUUAUUCGUGUGAUGAGCAUGGAUAUUUGUUCCUGAGUCAUGGGUGUUUUCUAUGUAUUUAAGUAUUUAUAAAUAUUUACAUAUUAUAUAUAUCGUUGUCUAAGUACCCUCAACACAAGCCUUAUUGAGCUUACUGUGGGGAACUUAGUCAAUUUGUGUAAUAAUGUCCUAUAAUAUUUAUUUAUUUAUACUUCUAUACAAUUUGUAAGGAGCGUUAUAUACAUUUACUUUUAGAUAAGUAGGUAGUUAUGUAAUGGAAAUUUUCAGAUUAUGUUGAAUUUGAUUUUUAUUAUAGUUGUGUAACUUUCCGACGCAGUCGUUCUGUUUUAAGAGGAAAACUUUGGUAUAUAGUGUAGGUUCAAUUUUUAAAGAAAAAAUAGUUAAUCAUGACCUUGAAAUCAAUCAUUCUGUAUGGAUUGAGACACAUUUUCUAUCUUAAAAACAUUUAAAACCAAUCUGUUACUUUUGCGAAAAUAGUGGAAACUCUAUUUGCGCAAUUUUAGCUUUCGUAACGUAUACUGGUUAUAAAUUAUUAGUGCAAUAUAUUAUCAUUAUCCAGUAACUUAUUUAGUUCAAUUUAGUUAUAGAUAUUUAAACUAAUGGGUGUUAAUUUAUAUAUCAGGAUGUGAUUGUUGAUUGAUGUUGGUUUCUUGUUAUACUUUAAGCGAGGAUGAAUGAAUAGUAGGUAGAGUCCGAUUUAGCUAACUUUGAAAAGUGUGGCGCCAAAAUAAACGUCAAAUCCCUAUGAAAAUAAAUAUACCUAGAACUUUUUCUAGCAAAAACGAGGGAGUGAGAUACGUAUGUACCUCAACUCUAUAGAAAACAUACAAUAGUUUUCAAUUAGGGUACAAUAUCUGGGAGAUCGAGCUUUGUUCGGACAACAUAUAAAAACUCAAAAAUGCGCGUUUUCCCACAGAUAAGACCUAGCUAGAUCAAUUUAAACCAUUUCCGAGACUCCAAAAAUAUAUAAAUAUAUUAUAUAAAAGUAUAGAAUUCCUCGUUAAAAGGUAUAAGAUUAAACUAAAUAGUUUUUCAUUUUAUAUUAGGUACAAUUACCUAUAGUGAGAACAGGUAUAAUUAUGUAGAUUUGUAUUCUUGAGACGUUUCUACCACAAUAUUAUUUAUUUUAUAUCUUAGUCAGUUUAUCGAUAAAGGUUUGUCGAUAUUUCAUUUGGUCAAAUAUCUCGUUUUUGCUAGAAAAGUUCUAGGAAUAAAAAUAAGAUGUUUAUAGUGGCGCUGCCUAACUUUGUCGCUUCCAAGCCGGUGUAAAGUUAGCUAAUAAAGCUUCUGCUCGUUUAAUAAUAAGGUACCAAGUAAUAUAUGAAAUUAAGGGCCUGUUUCACAAUGCCAAUAUUAAGUCCUGUGGUGGCAGAUUAUCAUUAUCACUCUUAUCACUUGUCACUAUGCCCGUCAGGUUCGCGCUUACAUACUUGUUAGAACGUGACAUGCAUGGUGACAAAUGAUAAAGAGCCGAACAUCUUAAUAGCCCCACUGAAUAAGCUACUUGCCACUUAUCUUACGAAUAGCCGUUUCUGGCGUUUCACAAUCUUCAAAUAAGCUCAACUGGUAGAUAAAUGCAUUUACAACUUAAAGUAGUUUUAUCUGGCAGUUAAUUUAUUUGUUAAUUAGCUAUAAAAUACUUAGACUUUGCGAAACAGACCCUAAAGGAAAGGGUAUUAUGAAAACGUCGUUAUUACAACGCCGUAUUAAAGAAUUUUGGUACCUUUUUCUUAAGCAUUUCUUGUUAAUAUUUCAGUGAUAGUUACAUUAUGUAUACUUAAGGUCAUUUCAUACAAAUUAAGGCGUAUUUGUCUCACCUAAUGUGUACUUUAUCUCGUUGAAUUAAUGUCCAUGUAUAGCCGACAUUUGGUAUUGGUGGGCCUAGAUACGUUACAUGAAGUGCGUUUUUAUGUUGUUUUUUUGUUCUCAAUCUAAUCAAGGCCACCAGAAGAACUAUACUUUAUCUUUCCAAAAGGUUUCAGGGUGAAUCACUCUUCUAUUUUGGAUGCUACUCGUUUUAUUAACCCAGACGUCUUUUAAUGAAAAGGAAUAGUGGAAAGUUGUAAAUUUUCGUUAUUUUACAUGAAAAUUUGCAUCUUUUUGUGUACUUAAUUGAACACGAAAAUGUACGAACAUUUACUAUAAAGUGUAAAAUAUUAUUAAGGAAGAACUGUGAUAAAAUUAAACAGAAUAUAUCCCUGAAA